AUGGCUCUUUACUUCCUUUAUCCCGCCGUGGCCUUUUUAGCCCUGUUCAUCGUGGGCGUGAUAAUGGUCAUGCUGCGCUUUGGACCCCGUUUGUGCGGUUUGCGCCACCAUGCCCUCCCGGAUGACGACGACCUGCGGGAGAAAACGUACGAGCAUGAGAUAAGCUAUGCCUAAUCUCACACAGGGAUGUCCCAGAAAUCUCAUCCAACCAAAAGAGUCCCUGAAACUUUAAACUUUUAGUAAAUAUUUUUAAUCAGCGCAAAUAGUAACUAUUGAAAUGUCGAAAACACCCCAAUAUCAAAUUAUGGAACACGACGUCAUUUUUAUGACGGUUUUCCAACCAAAUGUCCCGAAAACAACUUGAGAAUUCUGGGACAGCCCUGAUAAUAAUGUUCAUACUUCUUAUACAUGCCGGCAAUAUUAUGAAUUGCUUCUUAUAUAUCUCCCUAAAACUAACCCUAGCUGCUGUAAGACACCCACUAACCUUUCUGCACCCAAAACCAUAUCUAUUUUGUAUGCAGUACAAAUAGCUUCAUUUGGCAACAAAUAUGGUAUGACCCGUUUCCAUUCCAUUUACUUCAAUCAGACAAUGUGCCUUCAAUGUAGAGACUCAUAAGAAAAUUAUACCGUCCAAGUGUCUUUUAGUGACCUAAGAUCGAACUGUAUUUAAAUUAUAUGGUAAAUACCCUUUUUGGGUAGACAACAUAGGCUGCAUUUAAUGUUGACCAAUUUUCUAUUUUUAUUAAACAUAUCUUUUGUAUUGUAUCUACAACAGUAAAUGCAAACUCCAUACAUUUGUAUUUGUCCGCUAAGUUUUCAAUAUUGUCUUCAAAAAAUACAUUAAAUAAAGCUACACUUUAUGGCCACAAAAGAAUAAACAAAAA